AUGUCGCUUUCUAAAAGCGAGUCCGAUGUAAUUCUCAACCGGGCGAAUGUUGCUCUAUCCCGCAGCCAACGGCUCGUAGCCUCAUGGCUACCGCAACAAACAGCAGAAGAACUAGCAAACCCCAAGACCGAAGAAGAGCUCCAACGAGAAGAAGAUGAAAUCUUCACCGCAGUGCCAGAGACCCUCGGCGUCGGAGCUCCCCUCCCCCAGAAAGCAGCAGAUGGAAGCUGGAACCGCACAGAGCUGGACUCGAAUGAUAAACUGCGCAAACAACUUCUCGGCAAGAACUACAAUCGCGUUAUGAAGGCCGCUGCCGAGCAGAAGGCCGCUGCUGCUGCUUCUCUAGCGGCGGCUGCAUCUGCUUCAGCCAGUACGGCGAAAGCUGAGAUCGAGGAAGAAUACGAUGAAGAGGAUGGUCGGUCAGCUAUGCUUGCUAGGCAGAAGAAUAAAAGAAAGGGUGGGCCUGGGGCUGGUCGUGGUGUGCAUCCUGCGGCUGCGGCUGCUGAGGCUGGAGAUCAAGGUGGUGAGGAGGGUGGGGAGGAGGGCGCGUCUCAGCAGGCUCCUGCUCGCUCCAAGGGCAGAAAGAAGGCGACGAGUUAUCUUGAUGAGCUUCUGGCUGAGCGUGCGAAGAAGAGAAAGAAGAAGUGA